GGGCACGGUUCGUGGCGUGUGUGCAAAGGUGGAGAGGCGUCUUGUGAAAACGCAGCGAUUGGAAGGAAUGUUAAAUAAUUUAGAAAUUACUUAAUUUACUUACAUAUUUUAUAACUAUCACAUCCAAUAAUAUAUUCGUUAUAAUGUCUAGGAAAAACAAAUUUGGACCCGAAUACUUCCGCAUGCGUGAUGAUGCGUGUCUGAUGCGCACUCACGAGGCUAUGGUAGAUUUUAUCACCAAUAGACCUCCACGCCCCAGCAUCUUAGAUGCUCUAAGUCUUGGUUAUGAAUUUGCGCCUUAUGAGCCGUCAUCAGAUGAUGAUGAUGAUGAUUAUGAAUAUGACGACGGGCAAUAUUGCAUCCCUGAAAACCACAGUUACUGUGGCUUUUCUAGCAACUUCCUUGAACGAGGCCUGCCAAAACCAUCUAGACGCAUAACUCCUGAGGAAGCAGCAAAAACCGCUAAAGAACUUGUGGAUGAGGAAGAGAAGCUUAAAAGAAAAGCAGAGAAGAAAAAGCAGAAAAAAAUGAGACAGAGGGAAAGACGGCGUCUGGAAAAAUUAGAGAAGGAAAAUGAAGAUAAAGGAAAAAAUAAACAGGUACAUGUUGACGCUGGAUCAGUACAACCUAAACCUACAGAUAAAGAUAAAAAUAUAAUUAAAAACAAUAAUUAUUCAUCUGUACCUCCUGACCCUCACCAUACCACAACACCUGUGCAGAGCAGUGGUGACGAAGGGGAUGACGACGACGAUGAUGAGUCAACGGUUGACCAAGAGGAGCUUGACAUGAGUAGCUGCUUUGUAUCAAAUGCUGCAGCCAUUGCCAAGCGUAAACUGGAACAAAAGCCUAAACCUGAAAAGAGAGCUGGUCCACCAAACUCCAAUAAACAGCGUGGGUCAGACCAGAAGAGUGAAAGAACAAUGAACCUAGAAAACCAGGUUGGAACAGAGAACGGAUGAUAAAAUGAUACAGUGGAUGCAAAUGAUUUCAUUACAAAAAGCGUGGAGUUUGCAGUUAUUGGUAACCAGUAUGCAGCUGCAGGAAACUUACAGAUGGCUGUGAAAUAUUUUACAGACGCUAUAAAACACAACCCUAAAGAGUAUAAGUUAUUUGGGAAUCGCUCUUUUUGCUAUGAAAAGUUGCUGCAGUAUGAGAGGGCUUUAACAGAUGCUGAAAUUACUCUUUCGAUGAAUCCCAAAUGGAUUAAAGGACUUUACAGAAAAGGCAAAGCACUGGUUGGCUUAAAGCGAUAUUAUGAUGCCAGACUGACAUAUAGUGAAAUAUUAAAACUGGACCGCUCCUGCAAAGAUGCAGCUGAGGAGCUGAUGACGGUGCAGAUCAUGCAGCUUAUGGAAAUGGGAUUUACUAAAGAGCAGAGUUCCAAUGCCCUUAUUAUUAAUGGAACUGUGGAAAAGGCCUUAGAAAGUCUGUCUGGCCUAUCUGGUGUCAUUCCUGGCCCUUUGGCUAGAGAAAGUGAAUUUAUGCCUGUACAGAGAAACCCACGAGCUCAAGUUAAAGUUCCACUUGGACCUCUUCCCCAAAAUCAGCAUAGACUCAAUUCACCUGUCCCUGCAGGACCUAAUCAGCCACCAGAACUGUUCCCUGUCUGGGUCGGUGAUCUUGUGCCUUCUGUGACAGGAGAUAAGCUUUAUCAGUUAUUUAGAUCUGCCGGGCCAGUCCAAAGUGUGCGAGUGUUGCCUGGCAGUCGCUGUGCAUUUGUUAACUAUAUCAGAAAGGAGGACUGUGAGAAAGCCAUAAAAAAUUUACAUGGUUAUCCAAUUGAUGGAACUAUUCUAGCGGUGCGUUAUCCAGAUAGGAUUCAUACACGUCUUGGAGUGUCUAGAGAUGCAUCUACAGAGCCCUGCAAACAAUCUGAUGAAUGUUUUUUUUGGAGGACAACUGGCUGCAUUAAGAGUGAACGCUGCACCUAUCGGCAUAUACCAGAAAACAAGGGCAUUGAUCAACAUAAAGGAAGAUCACAUCAAUAGAGGGAUUUGUCUGAGUAGAAAAUGACUAUUUACAUAUUGGUCAAAUUUAGAAUAGGCAGAUUAUCUGAUUUUGAUGUAUCCUUAUGAUAAGUUCAAAAACCAGGAAAUACAGUUUUGAGUUUGUUAAACAGUGUGGUAAAUCAGUAUGAUGGAUGCGAUUAUUGUCCCACAGAAUCCUAUACAUUCCCUAAAUCUGAAUGUGAAGGUUUUAAAUAUUUUGCAAGUCUCAUUUGAAGCGUUAAGAUUCAUUUAAGGCUGUCAAUUUUAGUUAUUGGAGUUAUUGAAGAAUCGCUUGCCCAUCUUUUAUUGUUCAUAAUUGAAAGAAAUUUCUAGGCACUGCGAUGGUUGUAUUAUUGACUCUGCCUAAGGGUUAAAACUAAAAGUAUUGUUAGACUCUAAGAGGUAUUAUUUAGGCCUUACAACGGAAUUGCAAUGUGUAUAUGCAGGUCUUAUCCUAGGAUUGUUAGAAACAAUACAAAAGUUAUCAAAACCCCCGAUGCAUUUGUGAUAAAUGUAAUCUGCCAUGGACAAUGUUGUACUAUCAUGCUAAGUGGAUAUCAGUACAAAAUGACCAGCACAUUUGCUUAUUAAACUGUUUUAAAAACGUU